GCAGUUGAUGUAUAGUGAUGGUGAGAAAGCAUUUGGUACAUCAAGUGAACUCUUUAUUGAUGAAAGAAUGAGAAUUGCAUUAGAUGGCAUCAUAGUUGUUAGCAUGGAAAUAUUUCGCCCACAAAAUUUAGACAGUCCAGUUGAGAACACCUUAAAAGGAAAAAUAAGAAUUACCACAAGAUGCCUGUGGCUUGACAAGGGUAAGCUGUUGGAUGCACUACAUAAAGCUGCUCAUGCUGCCCUUUCAAGCUGCCCUGCAAGCUGUCCCCUGGCUCAUAUGGAAAGAAUUGUAUCUGAGGUGUUGAGAAAAAUGGUGAGGAAGUACAGUGGCAAGCGGCCUGAAGUUAUUGUCAUUGCUGUAGAAAAUCCUGCCGCUGUUCUUGCUAAUGAGAUAAAGACGAAGCUGUCUGGAAAAUUCCAUGUGGAUGGGACACCGACAUUGAGAAAAGUGCUGGAUGGACAUGGGAAAGAAAAUCAGAAAACCAAAACACAAAUAAGAGGUAACUCAAUUUACAUUUCAAAAAUACAUAUAGAAUUGUAGAGGUCUGGUUUAUGUGCAAUUAUGCAUUUUAUAUGAAGGCUAAAAUAGGUCAUGUUAAUUGUACUAUCAUUUAUAAGAAUGUGAAUGUGCUCUUAUUUGCCUCCAACUAAAUGAGAAUGUGAUAGAUACCCACUACUUAGUUACACUAGUUAAGAUUGUUGGCAUAAGAAAUGAAGCAGUGUCGCCAAUAAACAAGAAGGGAGGUGGUGAGAGAUCUCUGUCGAAAUUUUGGGAGAAUUAGUGCCUUUGAGCAUUGAGAGCUGUAGACCUUGAAAUUCUACAAAUUAGGGACUACUGCAAUUGGGAAGCAGAACA